CCUGUCAAGUUGCAAUCCUGCCUGCUCUAUUCCCCUUCCAUUGAGAUUUGUUGAGCAGUCAACCAAGAUGGCGUGAUUACUUGUGUCGUGUGUUUUUCGCUGGUGUGAUUGUUUCAAAAAUGGCAACGACUAUUCUUCCAACUUAUCAACGUUUCUUGAAUGGUGUACCAGUUCCAUCUUCUUCAGCACGUAGAGCAUUUAGACCAAGAGAAAAAUAUUUAAUUCUUCUUGUAUUUUUAACUUUUGGUGUAGUAUGUUUUGGUGGAUUCUUUUUCCUGCCAGAGUUUGCAGGGGGUGGCACAGUAAACAGUGUUUUCAAAGUUUAUAAACAUAUGCAAAAAGCUGGUCCUGAAUUAUUAAUACCAGCACCCCCUCAUGGGGAUCAAGUGGACGAAGUUCAAAGUAAUAAAGUAGGUUUAAUUAGACAUGGCUUUGUCGAUCAGAAAGACCCUCAUAAAAUAGAGGAUAAGAACAAACUUCUUGCCAAAAUUAAACUAGAUUUGGAACAGGAUAGGAAACAACAAAAAGUUUUAGAACGACCAGAUUUCAACAUCAACGUACAUGGCAGUGUCAGCUCAUCAAUGAAAACUGAAGAAUCAAAACAAAAACUAGAACAAAUAGGUGAUGUAGCUCAGUUGAUUUUUACCGUUCCUCCAGCUGAUAGUCAUAGAUAUCCCCUUAUCUCUGGAGGUGAGGAUAAGGAUCCAGUUGCUCAAAAAAGAAGGAACAAAGUUAGAGAGAUGAUGAAGCAUGCAUGGGAUAAUUACGUGAGGUAUGCCUGGGGAAAGAAUGAAUUGAAGCCUAUCAGUCGGAGAGGUCACACAGCGAGCAUAUUCGGAUCGGCGAAUCUGGGAGCCACCAUCAUUGACGGCCUGGAUACGCUCUACAUAAUGGGGCUCCACGAGGAAUUCAAACAGGGUCGGGAUUGGAUUGCAGAACACUUAAAUCUAGAUGGUCUAAGCUCAGAUCUGUCGGUGUUUGAGACUAACAUCCGUUUCGUGGGAGGCCUGUUGACGUGUUUUGCGCUAACUGGCGACACAAUGUUCAGAGACAAGGCCGAGCAUGUGGCGCAGAAACUGCUUCCCGCAUUUCAAACGCAAACUGGCAUUCCCAAUUCUCUCAUCAACAUUAAAACUGGGGCGAGCAGGAACUACGGUUGGGCGAGCGGAGGUGCCAGUAUACUUUCCGAGUUUGGUACUCUGCAUCUGGAGUUCAGCUACUUGUCGGAUGUGACCGGUGACCAAACUUACCGCUCCAAGGUUGACCACAUACGACAUGUGAUUCGCUCCUUGGAGAAACCUCGUGGCCUCUACCCGAACUACCUCAAUCCCAAGACUGGAAACUGGGGUCAACAUCACAUGACAGUGGGUGCGCUGGGGGACAGUUUCUACGAGUACCUGUUGAAGGCGUGGAUCCAGAGCGGACGAGAGGACGGUGAGGCACGCCAGAUGUACGAUGACGCCAUGCAGGCUGCCAUCACUCACAUGCUGCGGACGUCGCCCUCCGGACUGCAGUACUUCUCCGACUUGAAGUUCGACCGGCUCGAGCACAAGAUGGACCAUCUCGCUUGUUUCAUAGGCGGUCUACUUGCACUGGGAGCGAAUACAAUGAAAAAUCAGAUGUCGGACAAGUACAUGGAGAUAGCGGCCAGCGUGACGAACACAUGUCACGAGUCGUACAUCCGCACGAAGACGCACCUGGGACCCGAGUCGUUCCGAUUCACCGACUCGGUCGAGGCCAAGGCGCUGCGGUCGUCCGACAGACACUACCUGCUGCGACCCGAGGUCAUCGAGUCCUACUUCUACAUGUGGCGACUCACCAAAGACGAAAAGUACCGCGAUUGGGGAUGGGAUGCUGUCGAAGCGCUGGAGAAGUAUUGCAGGACAUCAGAAGGCUACAGUGGAUUGAAAAAUGUUGACGUCGAAGAUCCAAUGAAGGAUGAUGUACAACAAAGCUACUUCCUAGCUGAAACAUUGAAGUACCUGUAUCUGCUGUUCAGUGAUGACUCGCUGAUCUCGCUGGACGACUGGGUGUUCAACACGGAGGGUCAUCCUCUGCCCAACAAAGGCAACCCGUUCUACAGAGAGGCGGCUUCACCCUAGACCUAGACUGUGCUCUCCAAUGACGUUCCUAAUUCUAGUUGAAAUUAAUGUGAUGCGUGAUCGUCGAGGUCGAGAAUCGUUUCAUUUCACACAGUAGUUGAUACACGCAAAUCGAUCUUACUGCAAUUCAUUGUGAUGUUUGUAUUAUAUAUUUGGUAAUGUAUAAAUACAUUGAUAUUUAUAAAAUCAAUUAUUGUUACAAAAAAUAGGGAAAUUCGUUCUUGUAAAUUUUAAAGGUUUGAUUGAGUAUGUAAAUUAGUAUGAUAAUAAUUAUUGUAGUGUAUUAAAUUUACUGAAUUGUAAAUAACUCGAUACACCAAAUGAACUGCUAAUUUCUCGUAAUGUAGUAAUUUUUAUAUUUCUUUUGUUAUUAUUAUUUUCUUAUCUAACGACGGGUUUGAAGGUACAAUUUAUAGACAAAAAAACUAUUUGUUUGAUAUUGAGGCACUCCUCAUCACAUUGAUGUAUAAUCUAGAUCAAUUGUUUAUACAAUGAAAUGCCCCUAGAGCUUGACGAUGUCUGAUGAUUGAAAUUAAUGUUUCAUUAUUUUGAUCUAUUAAGAAACUUUUCAUAGUAUCUUUCAAUUUUUCGCAAAGUUUAAAAUUACAUUUCCCAAUUAGAGCAAUGUCUAUUCAAACUCUACUAAUUCACUCCUGUUUAUUGAAAAAUGACUUGAAUUCUAUCCAGAAAUUUGAAAACACAUCCUAAGCAUACUUCGAAAUAAUUCGAAAAUAGUAUCCUCGAUUGGAAGUAAAAUGUUGAUAGUAGAACCAUUAUCCCUUGCAUAUUUUUGGGAUAACGCUUUUUAAGUUAUUGAAACAUCACUGUAUGAUACAAUAUAGACAUUACCGUAUUUUUUAUUGAUACAUCACUUAAUAAUUGAUAACUUUUGUUAUUUACUUUGUCAGAUUAACAACUAUUGUUGCUAAUUUAGAAUUAUUCAUGACUUUUAAUAAUGUAAUGUCAUAGUUUUUUUAAUGACAUGGAUAACCUUCUUUAAUAAGGUAUUAAAUACAGAAAUCCCGGCAGUGAUUCUGUUUUGAAUUUGAGAACAGGACAGGAAUGGAAUCUCCAGCUUUCAAAUUUGUGAAAACCUAUUCGAUUGAAUUAUAUUUUCAACAAAAUAGUUAGAUCUUUACAUUCAAAAAGUCUCAUUCAGCAGUCUUUCUGUAAGCUCCAUUCCUCACUCUCAUUCAGUCAAUUAAGAAAAUAUAUCUAUCAUAUAUUAGUGAAAAACGUAAUUGAACUUAUUUUAUUUUUCAAACUAUAAAAUGAUUUAAUGGUACGGUAAAUAAUAUUUGAGUUAGUCCCACAUAAUUACCAAGUUUCAAUAAUGCAUUUAACUUCGAUAAAGUCAAACUAUGACGUAUUAGAAAUGACCUGCUAUUUAUUGGAGAAAAGGGAAUUUCUACUAUCGAUAGAGAGAUGUUUUGGAGAAUGGAACCUUUAGAGAUUAUUUAUCGAACGCACAACUCUAUACUGUAUUGUUUUUAAUCUCUACUCACUGACUGGAUAAAACAUGUUUUGUAACUACUAGGUGACUGCUAUUUUUCAACUUUUCUGGGAAAUGUGUGCCAAAAUUUCAGUCAAUUGAUAUAAUUGUCAUAGAAAAUUACUAGUACCCUUUUAUAAAUAGACUAGUUUUGAACUCGAAACUAGUCGUGUUUAUAUUAAUAAAAUAUAACAAAAGGGUUCUAGUAAUUGUCUAUAAUUAAACAUUCAAUUAACCCUAUUUAACUAUGAUCUAAUAUUAUUUAGGACUAUUAUUCAACUAGUAUUGAUACAUCCUGUUAGCUAUUCUGUACUUGUUAUUUUCAACCCCACGUCGAUCGCACUUACAAACCUCUCUUCUCGGCAAUUUCUUUGACAAUAUACUAUAGUGUCGCACGGUAUGAUCCAUCAUUCAUUUUGCCAUCAUUUCCAGGUUGGUUAAUGCUCAACUUAUGCGUUUAGGUUUUUAACGAAACAAAACAUAAUUUGAUUGUAUUGAAGGAGACGUAGUGGUAUUUUUUCUCCAUAAUAAAAAGAAUAAGACACUCAUGUUGUCAAUGCUAUUAUUGAAAUAAGAAACAAAAACAGUUGGGCUAGCGUGAACCGUUCUGUUUUACCAUGCUCUGAAAAAAACAUCUAUAUAUUUCUAAUUGUUGUGUUUGUGUGUUGUGUAAGUGUGUGUAUGUGUGUGAAACGUUUGAUAAGUCAUGUGUUUGUUGUACUAUAAUAUAUUAUGUUGAUUUAUCUCCAUAGAUUUUAUUUGUUGUUAAUUGCAGUCCGAUAUUAUCAAUUCUCCCCAGUUAUAUUAUUCACAUCCCCUACUAAUCAUUUUGUUGUUGUCUUCCAUUACGGUGUACCUCAAUAUAGAUGCUCAUUCAAAUAUUCUGUUUGAUUAUCUCUUGAAGAUUUUUGAUGAAUUAUAACAGAAUAAUUAUGAAAUUACUAGGCAAUGGCUUCAUCCAAAAUUUGAAAAUUAUCAAAAUUCAACCUAUAUAUACUAUGCCACAUACCUACAAUAUUGAUAUUCUAUUUUGUACGAGUCUUUCUAAUUUGAAGUACCUGUUUUUAUAGUGCAUAUCAAAAUUAUGUAUCCAUAUUUCUAUGUAUUUAAUAACAGUUCAGCAUAUUAAUGUUUCAAUCAAUUAUACAUUCCUUGGUUUCAACUAUGUUCAUUAUUAAUUUGGCAGCUGUACUUUUAAAUUUUUAUAAUGUUCGUUAGUGGCCGUUUACUUUACUCAUUUCUGUCUAGAAUUUCCAAUAAAAGUGUUAUCAAAGGUUCUAAUUUAGUACAAAUUGUUAAUGAAAUUUUUAAUUACCUCGUUCUUUAUGAAAAUUAUAUCCUUUUUGGACUUACAAAUUUUUCCUAUAUAAUCUACAUUCACCGUCCUAUUAUUAGUAGUUUUUGAAUUGAGUACGGUAACGAAACAUUUAAAUUCACCUGUAAUCAGACAAGUGUAUUGAUUUCUUGGCUGGUGGUCAUGCCUACAGUAACUAUAUAACCUGGUUAUUUAGUUACUGUAGUCUUGCCUGUCUACUCCCAAUCUGUUCUAGAUUAUCACUCUGACUUCCAAGAAUGUGUUGAAGGAACCAGAUAAUCAAUACUGAAUAAACAUUAAACUAUUCGAAAAGGAAUAUUUUUUUCAAAUAUUAGAAAGAUAGAUUUAUUCAAUAUUUGCAUAUCAUAAUUAAUUCUUUCAUGAAUAUUCAUUCAACCCAGGAUAAGCAUAGGCCUGAAUAUAUUGAAAAAUUCCAAUGAGCAUUGAAAUUAACAAUAUUCGUUGAAAUAUUUUUGAAAAAAAAUUCUUCGAUAUUCAGAUUUCACUUGAAUUUUUGCAUGUUAUUUUCAUCAUUGUGUCACAAAAACCUAUUAAUUCCUAGUGUAUGUUUUCAGUUGAUUAGAUUGAAGCGUGUAAAUAAUGGGGGAUUUUGCACAGGCUGCUUCGUUAUGCAAUCUUGUCUAUUGUCUGGAUUAGAAUAAUAGUCUGCAAGAUAUAACUGUAGGUGGUUGUGUGAGGUUGUCUAAAUGAUUGCUCAGACUUCCUGGGUUAUAGUCGUUAUGUACAAUAUAUUAUAAAUUAUUAUUUAUUCAUGUACAUUGUUUUGUAUGUAAAUAAUAAAUGAAAUAUGAAUUAUAUAAGUUUGUGAUUUUAUA